CUUAAAUGAAUGCCGCUGAUUGAUCAGUAUAGUUUGUGAGUUGUAGUUAAGUAGUAAUGGUAGAGUGGUGCGGUAGAGUGUUUACUCUACGUUCGCCGCAACGUUCCAAAAAAAUGUUUUUAGUAUUUUUUAUAAUUUGUGUGUUAGUAAAUAAUUUUGGACAAAUUAAUGCGAGUGCAGAAAUAUUAGAUGAAUCACAAAGUUUAACACCACCAUACUUUAAUUUAGCUUUGGGUCGUAAUAUUACGGCUACGGCUACAUGUGGUGAAGAUACGGAUGAUGUUCCUGAGCUUUACUGUAAGCUUACUGGUGCUAAUACCGAUUUAACGGAUGCUAAUGUUAAUGUCAUCCAUGGCCAGUUCUGUGAUGUUUGCGAUCCAUCAGACCCAAAGAAAAAUCAUAAUGCCACAAAAGCAAUUGAUGGAAUUGAAACAUGGUGGCAAAGUCCUCCAUUAUCAAGAGGAUCCAAAUAUAAUGAAGUUAAUUUAACUAUUGCUUUUGGACAAGAAUUCCAUGUUGCUUAUGUAUUUAUAAAAAUGGGAAAUUCACCCCGACCUGGUUUAUGGGUAUUAGAAAAAUCAAAAGAUUAUGGUCAAACUUAUGAACCAUGGCAAUAUUUUGCUGAAUCACCCCAUGAUUGUGGUUAUAAUUUUGGUGUAGAGCAUAAUCAACCAAUUUACCGGGAUAAUUCAGUUAUUUGUACCACGGAUUAUUCACAAAUUGUACCAUUAGAAGGCGGCGAAAUACCUAUAUCACUGUUAAAAAAUCGACCAUCGGCAAAUAUGUAUUUUAAUUCAACCGAAUUACAAGAAUGGACACGAGCAACAAACGUUCGUCUAAGAUUUUUACGUACAAAAACAUUAUUAGGGCAUUUAAUGUCUGUGGCAAGACAGGAUCCAACUGUUACUAGACGGUACUUUUAUUCAAUCAAAGAUAUUAGUAUCGGAGGUCGUUGUAUGUGUAACGGGCAUGCAGACACAUGUCAACUAGAAUCAAAAACAUCGAAUACAUUAAUUUGUCAAUGUGUACAUCGAACAUGUGGACCACAAUGCGCUGAAUGUUGUCCAAAUUACGUGCAAAAAAAAUGGAGACAAUCUUCGAGUUUUAAGCCGUUCGUUUGUGAAAGAUGUAACUGUUUUAACCACGCAACCGAGUGUAUAUACGAUCCAGAAGUAGAUCGUUUAGGUCAAUCGAUUGAUAUUCAUGGUAAUUAUGAUGGUGGUGGCGUUUGUCAAAAUUGCCAACACAAUACAGAAGGUAUUAAUUGUAAUCGAUGCAAAGCGAGAUUCUACAGACCGUACAACAAACAUUGGAAUGAGACAGAUGUUUGCCAACCUUGUAAUUGUGAUACAUUUUAUUCAACUGGUAAUUGUGCUGAAGGCACUGGCCAAUGUGAAUGUAAACCAGCAUUCAAAUCACCUGAUUGUUCCACGUGUAGUGAAGGAUAUUUUGGAUAUCCAGAUUGUCGUCCAUGUGAAUGUAAUAUAAAUGGAACACGUGGGGGACAAUGUGAAGCAUAUAAUGGUCGAUGUGCAUGUAAAAGCAAUUACAAUGGUACUUAUUGUGAUCGCUGUGCUGAAGGAUAUUACGAUUUUCCAAAAUGUUUACCUUGUGAAUGUAAUCUUCAAGGAUCUUUAGAUAGUGCUUGCAAUCAAGAAACAGGCAAUUGCAAUUGUAAAAACAAUUACCAAGGCAGAAUAUGCGAUGAAUGCUCUGAUGGAUUUUUCAAUUAUCCUUACUGCACUUUCUGUAACUGUGAUACUGUUGGUACCGAACCUGGAAUAUGUGAUAAAAAUAAUGGGUCUUGUUUAUGUAAACAAGGAUAUGGCGGCGAUCGAUGUGAUCGAUGUAUUCCUGGAUACUUUGGAUAUCCAAACUGUCAACCAUGCAAUUGUAGCGAAGUGGGUUCAUCUUCGUCUGUUUGUGACGAAACGGGAACAUGUUCCUGUUUAUCAAAUUUUGCAAGUCGUACCUGUGAACAAUGCAGUCCUGGAUAUUAUAAAUAUCCUGAAUGCUUAUAUUGUAACUGUUACACCAAGGGCUCAAAUGGUAUAUCCUGUGACAAUCAAGGAAAAUGUCAGUGUCAUGAAAAUUUCGAAGGCGACCGUUGUGAUUCAUGUAAAGAAGGGUUUUACAAUUUUCCAAAUUGUGAAGAAUGUAAUUGUCAUCCUGCGGGAGUUGUUCAAGCGUUUACUGGAUGUGGUUCCGUACCAGCUGGUCAAUUAUGUGAAUGUAAAGAGCGUGUUGAAGGACGUAUUUGUGAUAAAUGUCGUCCCCUGUUCUGGAAUUUAAAUGCAAAUAAUCCUGAUGGAUGUGAAGAAUGUACGUGCCAUGUACCGGGUGUAAUGGGUGCUAUGGGUGUAUGUGACACAAACUCUGGGCAAUGUGUUUGUAAACCAUCUGUAACAUCCAAAGAAUGUAAUGAGUGUAAAGACGGAUCCUACAAUUUACAAGAAAACAAUUUAUUUGGGUGUACAGAUUGUGGUUGUGACAUCGGCGGAUCUGUAAACAGUAUUUGUGACAAAACUUCUGGACAAUGUCAAUGUCAUCCCAGAAUACGAGGCAAACAGUGUGACAAACCGAUGCAAAAUCAUUAUUUCCCCACAUUAUAUCAAUAUCAAUAUGAAAUCGAAGAUGGUCGAACGCCUAGAAAUAACAAAGUUCGAUUUGGAUUUUUUGAAGAAACAUUCCCGAAUUUUUCAUGGAAAGGGUAUGGUGUUUUUAACGAUUUACAAACAGAAAUUAUUCAAGAUGUUUAUAUUCCUAAAUCAUCAUUAUAUCGAAUGGUGCUUCGGUAUAUUAAUAAAAAUUCACAAGAUGUUGUGGGACGUAUCGAAAUUGUACCGGAUAAUCCAAGUGAUAUUGAACAAUCGUUUACGGUUGUUUUUAAACCAUCAGAACAACCGGCUUUUGUAACCGUAUCUGGAAUACAUGGAUUAAUACCUUCACCAUUUGUAAUGAAUCCUGGAAAGUGGUCUAUAAGUUUGAAAAUCAAUAAAAAUUUACUUGUUGAUUAUUUCGUAUUGUUGCCGGCUGCCUUUUAUGAGGCAACAAUUUUAACACAAAAUGUAAAAACACCUUGUGUUAUUGGUGAAAAGGGUUUUUGCCGUCAUUAUCGAUAUCCAAAUAUAAACCAAUUUGAUACUGUACAUGGCCAGGGUGGAUUUAUUUCUGAUGGGGAUGCUCGUUCUGGAUUAAAAGAAUAUCAUAAUGAUAUUAAUCAACUACGUGAACUUGGUGAAAAUGAGAUACCAUUAAUUAAUAACAAUCAAUUAGAAAUCAAUUUUGAUGUGACUAUAUCAAAAACUGGGGCUUAUGUAAUUUUAAUCAAUUACAUAACACCGAUUAGUGAUAAUCAAACAGUUGAUAUAUCUGUUGAAACAAGUGAUCAACAAGAUCGUGAAAAAGGUCGGGUAGUUUUAUACCCAUGUCCUUACACGACUGUAUGUCGUCAAGUAGUCACCGAUAAGGAUCAUCGAGUAGCCGUCUUCAAUUUUAAUUCGAAUAAUAUUCGAACUGUAUUAAAGGGACGUGAUAAUCCACAAAUUGGCAUUAAAUCCGUAACAUUUAUUCCAUACGAACAAUGGUCAUUGGAUUACAUAUUGCCACAAUCAGUUUGUGUUCGAAAAGAUGGAUUAUGUGUUGCAUCGAAAUUCCCAUUAGCACCAGAUUCGAAAAAAGUACAAUUUGAAAUUGGAAAUGAAGAAUUAUUAUCGAAAGAAUUGCCGCCAAAUAUUUAUAAAAAUACAACUCAAUUAAUAUUAUUAAGCGAACAGGAACCAAUGAUAGAUGUUAGCUCAAAAGUUCCAUCUCCAGGAAAUUAUGUAUUUGUUAUUCACUAUUAUCAGCCGGACCAUCCAAAGUUUGAUUUAAGUGUUGUGGUUCAUAACGGGCGAUAUUACGAGGCCCACGUUCCAGUAACGCACUGUCCAUCAAAUACAGGUUGCCGAUCGAUUAUCGAAUUAAAUAAUGGUGGAAAUGCUUUUACAUUAACCGAAAAUUUUGUCGUCACAUUGAAACUACCCGAUGAUAAAAGAGUGUGGCUAGAUUAUAUUCUGGUAAUUCCUGCUGAUUCGUAUGCUGAAAAAAUUUUACUCGAGGAUAAAUUUGACCAAACAAAUGAAUUUAUUACAAAAUGUGGACAAAAUAACUUUUAUAUAAGUACAACAGAAGAAGGAUUUUGUCGUGAUUCAGUAUUUUCAUUAACAGCUGCAUACAAUAAUGGAGCAAAACCAUGUCAAUGUGAUUUUGAUGGUUCAUUGAGUUUCGAAUGUGAAAUGUUUGGAGGACAAUGUCCAUGCAAACCAAAUAUAAUAGGCCGUAAAUGUGAAAUAUGUAAAGCAGGAUACUACGGAUUUCCAGAUUGCCAACCGUGUAAUUGCCCUAUAACAGCAUUUUGUGAACCAAACACUGGUCAAUGUAUUUGCUUACCACAUGUUACUGGUCCAAAUUGUGAUCAAUGUGAACCACUCACCUACGGUUUUGAUAUAAGUAUUGGAUGUGAAGAAUGUAAAUGUAAUCCACUUGGAGUCCUCAAUGGAAACUUACAAUGUGAUUUAUUAAAUGGAAAUUGCGAGUGUAAGCCAAAAGUGAUUGAUCGUACUUGCAGUAGAUGUUCGGCUGGAUAUUACAGUUUUCCAUAUUGUGAAGAGUGCGAAUGUGAUGAGCGUGGUACAACCGAAGAAAUAUGUGAUUUACAAACAGCCGAAUGUUUCUGUAAAGCUAAUGUUUAUGGAAAUGCUUGUGAUUUAUGUGUCGAUGGAUCAUUCAAUUUACAAGAUUCAAAUCCAGAAGGUUGUACAAAAUGUUUCUGUUUUGGAAAGACUACUCGCUGUACAAGUUCCGAUUUUUACAGAGUUAAUAUUAUUCACAUGGACAGUUGGUUAAUUGCCGCAGUUCAAUUUAAUGAAGAAGAUAAUGAUGCACAAUUUACUCCAUUGUUAGUAGUUCCCGAAAAACCUGACGAAGAUACUAUUAAUAUUCUGGGAGAUAUCGACAAAGAAUCAUUAUUAUACAUUUCAGCACCGGAAAUUUACCUCGGAAAUAAGUUAACGGCUUACGGUGGCGAUUUGACUUACACAGUGCUAUAUCAAUCUAAAAUGGACGGACAGUCCACGUAUACUCCAGAUGUAAUAUUAAAGAGUGGAGAUAUAAUCCUUUUGUAUAGAUCCUUGGAGCAACCUACUUCUGGUAUUCUUUUCACAUCAACCGUGAAUAUAGUAGAACAAAGCUUUUCUUUAUUAAAUGGAGGAUCCGUAUCUCGAGAUACUUUAAUGACUGCAUUACAAAACUUAGAAGGCAUAUUUGUUCGAGCCACAUAUUGGAAUGAAAGUAUUUCAACAAGAAUCUCUAAAGUAUCUUUGCAAGUAGCAGCACCUCAAUACAUACCAAAUUCACAGCUUGCAUCAGCGGUUGAAGAUUGUCAAUGCCCACCUAAUUAUGUUGGACUUUCAUGUGAGGAAUGUGCUCCAGGAUAUUAUAGGGUUGACCAUGGUCCUCAUGGUGGAUAUUGUGUACCUUGUCAAUGUAACGGACAUUCGAACACUUGUGAUGUGAACACUGGUAUAUGCUUGAAUUGUCAACAUAAUACGGCGGGAGAUCAUUGCGAACAAUGUGAGAUUGGUUACCAUGGAGAUGCAACGAUUGGAACAUUCAGAGAUUGUUUGAUAUGUGCUUGUCCUGUUCCACUAGCUUCCAAUAAUUUUGGAGUACGUUGUGAUGUAAGCGCAGAUGGUAAUUUCAUAAGCUGUGAGUGUAAACCAGGCUAUACUGGAAGUCGAUGUGAAAGUUGUUCAAAUGGAUACUAUGGACGACCAGAAGAACUCAAUGAUUACUGUAAGCCAUGUAAUUGUUCUGGUAAUAUAGAUCCCACAGAAAAUGGAGCAUGUGAUACCGUUAGUGGAGAGUGUCUAAAAUGUUUAAACAAUUCGUUCGGCAAAGUAUGUGAAUUGUGUGCGCCUGGAUUUUAUGGGGAUGCCAUCCAACAAAAAAAUUGUCAGAGAUGUGACUGUGAUGAACUUGGUGUUGACUAUUGUGACAAUGCGGACGGUACAUGCCAUUGUAAACCAAAUGUGGUUGGUCAAAAAUGUGAUCGUUGCGAAGAAAAUCAUUAUGGAUUUGAAUCAGGCCUAGGAUGUUUACCUUGUGGUUGUUCAAUAGCAUCAACCAGCUCACAAUGUGAUCCAAACAAUGGACAAUGUAGAUGUCAGCCAGGUGUAACUGGUAGAAAUUGUGAUACAUGUGUUGCAGGAUAUUGGAAUUUCACUGAAAAUGGCUGUACAUCAUGUGGAUGCCAUUCAGAGUACUCAAUGGGCGUUGGUUGCAACCAAACAACUGGAGAAUGUACUUGCCUGAAAGAUGUAAAAGGUGUAAAAUGUGAUCAUUGUGAAAAUCGAUGGGUAUUCAUACCAGAUCGCGGAUGUUAUGCAUCUGAUUCGUGUGUUCAUGAUCUUCUAGAUGUCACAGAUGCUAUGCGAGAUGAAAUUAAUCCAAUUAUAGAUCAGUUCGAAACAAUUUCCACUAAUUAUUUCACAUCACAACGUCUUACGUAUAUUAACAAUACCAUAGACAAGUAUACUCCACAAGUAGCAAAAUUAAAUCCAAAUAAUUUAGAUUUAAUAUCAUUGAAUAAUUCAUUUGUGACUUUGAAUCAAAAUACAAAAAAUUUAAAUCAAAAAAUUGAAUUUGCUUUCCAAAAUGCUAAUAAAUCGAUUGAAGAAGCGGGUAAUGUCAAACAACGUGCCCAUGAUACACUACAAGCGAUUAAAGAAAUUGCGGAUAAAACUUAUCAAACUGUUGACGAAGUCGAUUCAAUUGUAAAUCGAUUAGAAACUGGUAGUAGUGUACAAUUGGACCCCGCAAUUAAAAAAUCCAAAAACAUAUCAAAUGAAAUAAGUUUAGUGAAUUUUACUACGCCGCUAAAUUUAACAACGAAACAAUUGAGUAAAUCAAAAGUCUUGUUAGAUAAAAUGUUGAAUUUUAGUCAACCACGAAACGAACAAAGUGAUUUCUUAGAUAAUCUACGAAAUCGAAAUCAAGAUUUUGUAUUACGUUUGGAAAAUUUAACAAAUUAUGCUAAUUUAGUUAAUGAAAAUGUUGAUAAAGUUAAGGAUUUAAAUGAUAAAAAUAGAUAUUCUCAAAGGACGAGUAAAGUGGAUAGAGUUAAUGAAAAAAUAAAUGAAAUUGAACAAAAAUUGAAUUCAUCAAACGAAUUAGUAAAAAAUGCUACGAAUUAUUAUACGGGUGCGAAAAAUUCAUUCGAUGAUUUAUUGUCGAAUGAAUUAGAAUUGAAUUUAAUUAAAAAUACAUUAAAUGAUACCGUUUUGUUGAACGAUCGAGAAAUUGAUGAUAUCAGAACAAAUCUGAACAGAGCAAUGGAAUAUCGAGAAGAUCUAGUUACAAAGGCAAACAUUUUAGAAGAACUAAUAAACAAAACAAAAAAAAGUGACGUCGAUAAAGCCGUCCAAGCUGCAAACGCUUAUAAAGGAAUUGUAUCUGAUGUAAACAACACACAAAGCUUGUUAAAUCUCACAAAUACAUUCAAUAAAAAUGCAUCAAAAAUAUUAAAUAGUUUACAAAAUUCUGGCCAUAAUUCUGAAAGAAAAUCAGAUGAAUUGUUACAAAACGUCAUUGAAUUAUUAAACAGUGUAGAUUACGAUUUAGUUCCACAAGUGGAAGCUGCGAGAAAUAAUGUAUCAGAAAUUGAGUAUAUAUUAGGCGAAGCAAAUAAAAGUUUGAAUAAAGUACAUGCUGUAGCGGAUAAUCCAAAAUUAUUUAAACCAAUUGUUGAUAUUACUGGCGCGAAUAAUAAAGUGAAUUAUGCAGAUUCUCAGGCGUUGGAUGCAACAAAUUUGUCCAAUGAAAUUAAUGAUAAUUUACCAGAUAAAUUGAGAGAAGCUGAAAAAUUACCAAAAGUGUACCAUGAUACAUUGCAGAAAAUGAAUACAGCGAAUGAUAAAUUGGAAAAUAUAAACAAAAUUCUACCAGAUCUAAAAGAUUUAAUGGAUCAAGUAACACCCGACAAAGGGAUCCAACAACGUGAUGUAUUAGAUAUACAUAAUAAAAUUGAAAAAUUAAAUGAAAUGAUUGCACAAGCUCGUGAUGAAGUCAAUCGUAUCGAUGUUGGUGUACAAUUCUAUAGGAAUAGUACAUUACAACUUAAAAAUCCAACUGUUCUACCAUCACUUAGUACAUCAACUAAAGUUUCAUUUUAUUUCAAAACAGAAAAUAAAAAUGGUUUCCUAUUGUAUCUUGGUAAUGAACAAGGUACAAAAUUACGUCGAACUAAUACAGAUGAUUUUAUGGCAAUAGAAAUUCAAAAUGGAUAUCCAGUGCUAACUAUUGAUCUUGGUAAUGGACCAAAGAAAAUCAUUGGUAAUAAAUACGUUGCCGAUAACAAUUGGUAUCAAAUAAUUGUAGACAGGGUUGGUAAAAAUAUAAAAUUAAUAGUUCGUGAAGAGUUGCCAACAAAGGAAGUUAAAGCGUAUGAUAAUGAAGAGAAACUUGAAGGAACUAGUUCAAUCUUCAACUUGGAUGUUGGCCAAUCGAAAUUAUUUGUAGGUGGUUAUCCAUUAGCAUCUAAGCUUCAGUUACAAAAUAGUGAUCCAGCAUUUGAAGGACAUAUUCAGGAACUUGUUAUUGGCGGCAAACCGAUAUCGCUUUGGAACUUUGUUGAUGGCAGUAAUAUCAGAGGAUCAAAACUGCGAGAAAAGUUAAUAGAUGUAGCACCAACAACUGGUUAUCGAUUCAAUGGUAAAGGAUACAUGAAAUUGGAUGCUCGUUCAUACUUGAGUCCGAAUAGAUUAGGCUUAAGCUUAAAAUUAAAAACAGAAGCCAGUGAUGGUUUAAUAUUCUUAACAGCAAAAGAAGAAUCAUUUGUGUCGUUAGAACUACGUAACGGAUUUGUUGUUUAUCAAUAUAAACUUGCAGAUAAUGUUCCAGCCUUUGUCCAAUCGACUGAAAUUGUCAAUGAUGGUAAAUGGCAUAAGAUUGAAGCGGGCCGUUUAAAUCAAAACGGACGGCUAAGAGUUGAUAGCAGUACGUACAAUUUAACAGCGAGGGGAUUAAAUACUGAUAUUAAAUUAUCAGAUGAUAUGUACUUUGGUGGAUAUCCGGGCGCCCAUAAUUAUGGUACGGUUACUAAUGACCACUUUGAUGGGUGUAUUGAUGAAGUUAGUAUUGAUAUUACACCAGUUGAUUUGAAUUUACAAUCAGCCGCUUUUGAUGUGACUCCAGGUUGUUCACCGAAGUUCCAUGGAAUGGUAUCAUUCGAUAAAAAUCAUCCAGGCUAUUUGCUAUAUCCAAACGCGACAACACGAUUAGAAUUUGAGAUUACAUUAUCGAUCAACACUUUACAAUUAGAUGGUAUCAUAUUCUACGCGACAAAUGAAUUACAAAACGACACAUUAUCGCUAGCACUUUCAAAUGGUGAUCUUAUUUUACGAAAUCAAAACACAUCAUUAGUUUCUUCAUACAUCAAACUAAACGAUGGAGAACGAUAUGUAAUCACUGCAACACAUCGUGCUGAUUCAUUGAAUAUAUUUGUUAACGAUUACGAUAACUUUACACGAAAACAAACGUUGCCAGUUCGUAAGUUUACAUAUAAACACAUUUAUUUCGGUGGAAUUCCAACAAGCUUAGAUGUACCAGAAAACCGAUUGGGAUCUAGAAUACCAUACGCUGGAUGUAUUGAAGAUGUUAUACUCAAUGGAGUUGUAAUUAAUUUUGCAAAUGCAGUGGAUAAAUAUAAUGUUAUAUUAGGAAAUUGUUCUACAUCUGCUGUUUUAGAUCGACCAAACGUCCCGCCUCCAAGUUAUAAUAUACCUCCACCAAUUCAACCACCAGAUUUAGAAGAUAACAGAGAUAAGUGGGCACCAGAUUCCGUAGAUCAUACAACUCUAAGUAACUUAGAUGAAAAUGAACUUAAUCCAGUUACCACUACAACGGUUACUACAGCUAGAACUCGAAUGACACAACCACCAAAAACAGAAGAGUGUGCAUUACCUCUCGAACCAGAAACGGAACAGAUUGGUUUUAACAGUGGUUACAGAUUUGGUACAAUGCCAUACAGUCGAAUUGAAUUCACUGAAAAUACUCUACCAAUUCGACAUAAGCAUAGCAUGAAUAUUUCCAUAGAAAUAAAAUUAGAUGAACCAGAGGAUGUAUUCAGUGACGCUGUAAUAUUUUAUGCUGCGAGUAAAGAUCAUUCGCAGUUUACAUCACUAGUGUUAAAUAAAGGAAAGCUGGAACUUAGAUUUAAAUUAGGAAAUGAAGUUAGAUCAAUACUCCAUGACAGACCAAUCAAUGAUGGUAUUUGGCAUUAUGUAACCAUCAGCCGACAUCAUUUAGCAGGGAAAUUAAUAGUAGAUCAUGAUCCACCAAUGGAGGAUAUAUUACCUGAUGAAAAUACACAAGUAGCCAAUUUACAAGCACCAUUUUAUUUAGGAGGAAUUUCAUUUCAAAUCUCUCAACCGGUCCUUCAAAAUGUGGGAGUAAAUACAGCACUGUAUGGAUGUAUUCGAAAUUUCCAUCAUAAUGGUAAACUUGUUGGUCAACCUUCAAUAAUGCCAGACGUUGUACCAUGCUCUGAACAUGUUGAGCCUGGAAUAUUCUUUACCAAAGAUGGUGGUUAUGUUAAGUUAGAACAAAAAUUCAAAGUUGGUAUACAAUUCACAGUACAAUUAGAUAUAAAACCACGUAAGAAUACAGGAAUUAUAUUAAGUGUACAUGGUAAAAAGGAUCACUUAAUUCUAAUAUUAAAAGAUGGUGAUAUUAUAGUUACCGUUAAAAAUAAGGAUGAUCCACCAUUUGAAGCUACAUUUAAACCAAAUUCACCACAUUACUUCUGCAAUGGUAACUGGCAUUCAAUUAAACUUUUAAAAUCAAAGAAUGUUGUUACGGUAUCAGUUGAUAAUGUAUAUGGAACAACUGGCAAAGGAGGACCAGAGAAACGCACAGACACCAAACACGGUCUGUUUAUUGGAGGGCAUCCAUAUGCAAAGAGAUUACGUGGUUUUAUUAACGCUACCGACGAACCUUAUGUUGGUUGCAUGAAAAAUAUCAUUAUCAAUGAUAAAUUAAUGGAAAUAAAAGAAAAAGAAGCUUUCCACGGUGUGCGUUAUAAUGUAUGCCCAACUAUUUAAAAAACUUAAAUUCAAAUAGAAAUAAU